AUGGCUAACUCGUACCAACAAAGAGUCCUGCGGCGCCAGCUGUCGGCAGCUGACUACCUCGGUUCGAGGGGCGCCGAUGGCAUAGAUGCGUUGCGGAGAUUAGUGGCCGAGACGGAGGCUAGCGAUGGCGAGGCGCUCGUCGCACUGCCAAGAAAUUGGCAGUGCGCCAUCCCGCUCAAGGGCGCGUGCAUGAACGGCCACGUGCGGACGCUGGCGUACCUCGUGGACGCCUGCCGGGCGGACGUCGACUUGGUGGAUGAAGAGACUGGUGACACGGCGGCGCACGUCGCGGUGUCGUGGGGCCGGCUCGACGCCGUCGCGUGGCUGCUGGUGCCUGUGUGGAAAUCGAAUUUACGGCGCGUUCGCAGCACCCCGACACACUGGUUGAUUUCCACGCAGGCUCGCGAGGGGCGCGCGCCACGACGUCCGCGACCGCGCGGGCCUCACGCUCGCCGGCGCGGCGCGGCGGCGGCUCGAGCUGCUGGAUAGAGGCGACAUCGACGCUGAACGAUUGCGGGCGCGAGGCAUGGACAUCGACGCGCUGCGCGACGAGGGCGCGCAGCUCGCGAAGCUGCUCGGGGCCGUGGAGAGGGCGGGCGGCUGGUCGGCAUUCGCGGCCAAGUUCCCGCAGCGGCCACGCGUGCGCCGCGCCGCGCCGUGGCUCGGCGCCGCGUCGGACCGCGCGGCGCUCGCCGUUUGCUUUGCGAAUGCGGUGCGCGCCAAAGAUGUGGUUAAAGUUGUUGAAGUGAAGACGACGGCGGCGCAGCAGCGCAAGCGGGCGAACGCGUUAAGUAAACGCAUCGCCGCCGCGGAGUACGCCGCCGCGACGGCCGCGAAAGCAUCAAUACGAGCCGACGACCCGCCGCUGGAGGUCGCCCUACUCAAUGCGGGCCUGACGUCCUCGGCGCCGGGCGAACAUAAUCUCGUCGACCCGGUGUUUCCCCGCGCGCUGCGCUGGCUGAACGCGACGACUGUGGAUGAUGUGCGAAGUUUAGAACGGGAAGAAGUCUCGCAGGUCGACGGGCCGUCGUCGGCCGACCGGCGGAAGCUGUGGCUGUUUUGCGUCGCGCAGCGCGAGGCGCUCGAGACCGCCGUCACGGAAGCGACGAAAACUGCGGUGGCCGAGGUGCGCGAGCUCGAGGCGGUCAAAAGGGCGGCCUCGCGGCCCGUGGACCCGCGCGCGGCCAUCGCGUUCCGCGUGCCGGAGGCGUGCUUCGUGCGGAUCGCGCGGUUCCUCUACCACGCGCCGCGGCCGCCGCCGACGCCUCCUCCGCUCGACGCCGAAAUUCUUGGGCUGCUGGAGGGGUUCGUGCGGCGGCCGCCUCCUCCUGGUUAAUGUUAUUUUUGUUG